AUGGAGCCCAGUGUCUUGCUCCUCCUCACUCUCCUUGUGGGCUUCUUGCUACUUCUGAUCAGGGGCCACUCAAAGGCCCAUGGCCAUCUCCCUCCAGGACCCUGUCCCCUGCCUCUCUUGGGGAACCUCCUGCAGAUGGACAGAAGAGGCCUCCUCAACUCCUUCAUGCAGCUUCGAGAAAAAUACGGAGAUGUGUUCACAGUGCACCUGGGACCGAGGCCUGUGGUCAUGCUGUGUGGGACAGAGGCCAUAAGGGAAGCUCUGGUGGACCAAGCUGAGGCUUUCUCUGGCCGGGGGACAGUUGCUGUGGUUGAAUCAAUUGUGCAGGGAUAUGGUGUGAUCUUUGCCAAUGGGGAACGUUGGAAGACCCUUCGGCGAUUCUCUCUGGCCACCAUGAAGGACUUAGGGAUGGGAAAGCGGAGUGUGGAGGAGCAGAUUCAGGAGGAAGCCCGAUGUCUGGUGGAGGAGCUGCGGAAAUCCCAGGGAGCUUCCCUGGACCCCACCUUCCUCUUCCAGUGCAUCACAGCCAACAUAAUCUGCUUCAUCGUCUUUGGAGAGCGCUUUGACUACAAAGAUCGCCAGUUCCUGCGUCUGCUGGACCUGUUCUAUCAGACCUUCUCACUCAUCAGCUCAUUCUCCAGCCAGGUAUUUGAGCUCUUCUUUGGCUUCUUGAAGUUCUUUCCUGGUACCCACAGACAUAUCUGAAAAAACCUGCAGGAAGUCCUCGACUAUAUCUGCUACAGUGUGGAGAAGCACCAGGCAACCUUGGACCCCAACAAUCCAAGAGAUUUCAUCGAUACCUACCUUAUACGCAUGAAGAAAGAGAAGUCCAACCAACACACGGAGUUCCAUCACCAGAACCUCAUGAUCUCCGUGCUGUCUCUCUUCUUUGCUGGCACCGAGACCAGCAGCGCCACACUCCGCUAUGGCUUCCUGCUCAUGCUCAAAUACCCCCAUGUUGCAGAGAAAGUCCAAAAGGAGAUCGAUCAGGUGAUUGGCUCACACCGCCCUCCAACCCUAGAGGACCGCAACAAAAUGCCUUACACUGAGGCUGUCAUUCGCGAGACUCAGAGAUUUUCAGAUCUUGUCCCGAUUGGUCUACCACACAGGGUCAUCAAAGACACUUUGUUCUGAGGGUACCUGCUUCCCAAAAACACUGAAGUGUACCCUAUCCUGAGUGCAGCUCUCCAUGAUCCACGGUACUUUGAACAACCAGACACCUUCAAUCCUGACCACUUGGAUGCCAAUGGGGCUCUGAAGAAAAAUGAAGCUUUUAUGCCCUUCUCUAUAGGAAAGCGCAUUUGUCUUGGCGAAGGCAUUGCCCGCAACGAAUUGUUCCUUUUCUUCACCACCAUCCUCCAGAACUUCUCUGUGUCCAGUCCUGUAGCUCCUAAGGACAUUGACCUCAGGCCCAAGGAGAGUGGUGUAAGCAAAAUACCCCCCAAAUACCAGAUUCACUUCCUGCCCCGCUGAAUGGACUGAGGGAAGAGAGUCUAUGGAUUUCAGUGUUUUCAAGGGCUCCUUAUACCCCUGAGAAUCCGGUGGGUGCCAUGGAGCCCUCAUCACUUUUUCUGCCCAACUAUGCAUCAUGUUCUCAUCUGUGAAUGGAAUUGAAAAAACAAAACAGACAGUUAAGUGCAUUUCUUGAACAGAGAGACUUCUGGAGGCCACAACUUAUUCUGAGUCAUUUCUCUCACACUUUUAACUGCUGCAGUCCCGACUUAUCCACACUCCGUGAUCUGUGCUAAUGGGCUCUAGAUGGUCUCUCCUGAGUCAUCUCCAUCAUAUUCCCAUGUGUGUGUUUAGAAUUGUGAUCCCCUUUAUUGGUGAGUAACAGAGGUCACACACAGCAUCACACUGCAAGUGAGUGGGGCAGCAAGAUCACACCAUGACUCCAGAGCAAACUUUGCUACGGCAACUUCCCUCCCUUAUGUGCAUUUGAAUUAAGAUGAAAUUCAUAUAGCAAAACUGACUAAUUGUUUAGUUUAGUAUUUUGAGACAGAGUCUCAUGUAGCUCAGAUUGACCUCAAAAUCCUAUAUACAUGAAAAGAUGACUUGAACUCUGGACCUGCUUUUGUCCAUUUCCUAAGUGCUGGCAUUAUAGGCACGUGGACCUACAUCCAGAUUUUAGACUGGCUGUAUUUUAUCAUCUACAUUAUAACGUCUUUUAAUUUAUUCACAACACUGUACAACUACAGUAUCUAAUUCCAGGCAUUUUGUCACACGUAAUCACCCCCACACACACCCCAGCCCUGACCUGUUAAGAAAUCCCCCAAGUCCUUUUCCUCA